UCGGCAACUGAACCUCACGUUGUUUCAACACGGAGUGUUUUUGUGAACGUACCAGUCUCGCCCAACUACGUAAACGAACAGAUAACCAGGUCAUGGAGUUUGCAGAGCUAAUAAAAACACCCAGGGUGGAUGGGGUUGUCCUGCAUCGGCCUUUCAUGCCCACUGUAGAGGGAACUCUGUGUUUGACAGGUCACCACCUCAUUCUUUCCUCCAGACAGGACAACACGGAGGAGCUAUGGCUGCUUCACUCAAACAUUGACUCCAUAGAGAAGAGGUUUGUGGGGUCUCUAGGAAGCAUCAUUGUCAAAUGCAAAGACCUGAGGGUGAUCCAGCUAGACAUCCCUGGUAUGGAGGAAUGUCUCAAUAUUGCCAGCUCUAUUGAGGCUCUGUCCACACUUGAUUUAGUCUCGCUGAUGUACCCUUUCUUCUACCGACCCAUGUUUGAAGUCCUAGAAGAUGGCUGGAAUUUAUUCCUUCCUGAAGACACGUUUAAAGACUUGGAGUCUAUGACUGAUGAGUGGAGACUAAGUGACGUGAACAAGGACUUCAGCGUGUGUCCGUCAUAUCCCCCUCUAGUGGCGGUGCCCAAAGAUAUUGACGACGACACACUGAGAAAACUGGCCACUUUCCGCCAUGGUGGCCGCUUCCCAGUACUUAGCUAUUACCACAAAAAUAAUGGCAUGGUGAUGAUGCGAUCAGGACAGCCUCUCACCGCAACCAACGGGCGACGGUGUAAGGAAGACGAAAAGCUGAUCAAUGCUACUCUGAGGCCCGGCAAACGUGGCUACAUCAUCGACACACGCACUAUCAGUGUUGCCCAACAAGCCAAAGCUCGAGGUGGAGGAUUUGAAUCAGAGGCAAACUACCCCCAGUGGAGGAGGAUCCACAAGUCCAUUGAAAGGGCCAAUGUGCUCCAGGAGAGCCUGAUUAAGCUGGUAGAGGCGUGUAAUGACCAGUCUCACAGCAUGGACCGCUGGUUAAGUAAACUGGAGGCUUCCAGUUGGCAGACUCAUGUCAAGGAAAUCCUUACCACUGCUUGUCUGGCUGCCCAGUGUAUUGACAGGGAGGGAGCAUCUGUGCUUGUUCAUGGCACAGAAGGGACAGACUCCACCCUGCAGGUGACCUCCUUGGCUCAGAUUAUCCUUGAUCCGUCCUGCAGGACCAUCAGAGGCUUCCAGGGCCUGGUGGAGCGAGAGUGGCUCCAGGCGGGUCAUCCAUUCCAGCAGCGCUGCGCCCAGUCAGCUUUCUCCAAUAACAAGCCCCGCCAAGAGGCUCCUGCCUUCCUGCUCUUCUUAGAUUGUGUGUGGCAGAUCCUUCGCCAGUUUCCCUGCUCCUUUGAAUUCAGUGAGAGUUUCCUGGUGCUGCUCUUCGAACACGCCUAUGCGUCUCAGUUUGGCACUUUCCUGGGCAACAGUGCAGCCGAGAGAGCCAAACUGUCUCUUCCCGAGAAGACCGUGUCUCUUUGGUCGUGGGUGAAUCGGCCCCAGGAGCUGGAGCAUCUUACCAACCCUCUGUACGAGGCCAACAGUCUGGUGAUCUGGCCCUCUGUGGCCCCACAGAGCCUGCUGCUGUGGGAAGGAGUGUUCCUCCGCUGGAACCGUUCUUCUAAGUGUUUGGAUGAAGCCUAUGAGGAAAUGGUACAUAUAAUUGAAUACAACAAGGAGCUACAGAACCGAGUAAACAGCCUGCGCAGGCAACUGGCCCAACUGGAAACUGAAGAUCCCCUACUUCAAACCCCAUAGGGAGAAUGAGAGUGUGUGACAUAGUUAGACAGAGAGAAUGAGACAUGCAAAUGGAUGUGAGAUGAGAGAAAAUGUAACUAAUUGCAGUGUCAGUCUGGUUAAGGCCUUGUUAGCUGAUUUCUUUUUAUUUCAUGUUUUUUUUGCACUCUACAUGAAACAUGCCAUUAUACCUCCAUGAACAUCAAACUUAGCCUCUCUUUGAUUUUUGCUGAAAGCUGCCGUCACUGAUGGCUAAUAUCAUGUCUGUGUCUGUCAUUAACGUUGCGAUGAAGCAGAACAGUGAGGGAAACCGAAGAACUACUCAUAAGUUACUUAAUUUCAAAGAAAACUGAAUUUGCUUUUACGGCUCAGCUGUGGUCCACAGUUGUAAAAAGAAGGUGACACCGGCAUCUUCACGCUGAAUUAAUGAGGUUGAUGUAUUUGUGGCCAUUAAUCCUGUUACUGAUGGACACUCACUGCGGGCUACACAUUUUCACCAACCAUCCUGCUGAAUCUAUACACAACUACGGCACUGCGAAGUAACUAUGGCAACAUCUAGAGUGCUAUAAGGUGGCCCGUGAACUUGCACAUCCAGAUUAUAUACUGUACUAAGCGUAGGAAGGGUCAUCACCUACUGUAUCGUACAGUAAACGAGGAGGCUCGUUCUGUACGAUUCCGAUCCUGACUUGACAUUCCACUCAGCAGCUUGGCCUCAGAGUUUACACAGAAUCAUUUAAAGGAAACCUUGUACAAACAGUGUCUCCCUACUUGGUAAUGCCAUUUCUUUGUUACCAUGCUUCAUUGUUAACAAUAGUAGUAGAAUUGUAACUAUAAAAUAUGUUUAUGUUUAACUAUAAAUAGAAAAGGCGUUGUGAUGGUUCAGAGUCUCUUGUUGUCGAUGUUCAGGUGACAAGAUCCUGAAUAUCAGCAUGACUUGACAGAGUUAUUGACACAUCACAUGUUGGAGGUGUGUCUGCUUUGUGCCAGAUAUUGCGAUUCAUAUUUAGGUUCCUAAGGUGAAUAAAAUUGUUGCGUUAAAUGCAUUUUUAAUCAACAUUUAAAGCUAAUGCACUUUGUGUGAAAUUGCAUUUCAAUUAUGUUUGUGAAGCCUUUGCUACAAUAUCCGAAAAAUACUAAUAUAAUUAUUGUAACUCGCAUAUUUUGUCUGUUAGUGCUCACAACUGGUUGCCAUUAUGGACAAUAAACAUGCUAUUAUAUAAUGUGAAAACAUGCCAAUAUGUAUAAUGCAAACUUGUACAUUUUCUUUUAAUCGACGCAGAAGAGAAAAAGAAAGCGUGUCAUGGGAAACGCCUCCAACCAAAGUACCAAUUUUCUCACCAACACCCUGAACACAUCAUAGGAAACCUAUGCUCAGGAAAACCACGCAGACUUUGCUUCUUUCUGUAAUUGCAGCUGAAAUUGGAGAGAAAUAUAUAAAACAAAUUUACCUAAGUUCUCGUGACACUAAUGUUUAUCCUUAAUAUCAGUUACUGGGUAAAGUUUUUAACUUAUGAGACAAAGCUACAUCCAUUUUUGUUUCUUUGUGUUUGUGCUUUGUAGUUCCUCGUCUUGUUUUAAAAAAUUAUGCAAUAUUUACACGGAAUAAUAUUAACGCCAGCUUUGACUGAUUAUCAAUGUUUACACAUGCUUUCGAUGCCCAGAACUAUUUCCUUCAGCCAAAAACACACCCAUGCUUAAGUUAGCUAGUAAAGUAAAUUAUGAUCUUAAAUGAAUGUCUUGAGUUGCUCUUUUUUUGGUUGUUGCACUGUUGACAAACGUUAUUAUUGUCACUUUCUGUGGAAUCAGAAUUUGUAAUCGACAUUUCAGGUUUUUUUCUGUUGUAUUGCGUUAUUUUUUAAGCUAUUAAAGCAUUUGAGCACA